CCCUAAAUGGGUUUUCCCUCUCCUCUUUCCGACAAACUUUCACCGGCAGCAUAUUUCUGUGUCUUGUUCACCCACCGGCGGCAUCCUCUUCCGGCGGUGGCGAACGACUGAGUACUCUGGCGCCGACGUCGACCAAGAAGUCGCGAUAUUUGCUCGACGGACACCUUCUCUGGUCUCCUCCGAUGGCUGAAUUCCACGGCGAAUCUAAUCCACCGUCGAUUUACCUCUCAAUAUGGAAAUGUUAGCCGCCAUAGACCGAGCUUCUUCCGCAGGUGCCAUCAUCUUCGUCGCUAGCAUCAUCUUCUCACUACCUCCGAGUAGCUACAGUUCGGAGAGCUAAGGUGACGGCAACGGUCCUGAGAAUGGUUGCUUUCACAUUGGCUUCAGCUUCAGCUUUGGUUCGGUCUCAUCCCCUGGGCAGAGGUACUCUGAACUAUUCCUCUGUUUUAAGUUGUCGAAGAAUGGCUUUUUCUGGUGUUAGAGACCACAGUAUGUCUUAUAGAGAGAGAUUGAGAUGUGGGUUUCAUGAUUGUACUGUGGAUGAUGCUGUUGAUUUGUUUGACCAGAUGGUUUGGUCUCGUCCCUUACCUUCCAUUGUUGAUUUUAGUAGAUUAUUGAAUGCAAUCGUCAGAAUGAAACGGUAUGAUGUUGUGAUUUCACUUUGCAAGAGAAUGGAAUUCCUUGGGGUUUCACAUGAUAUCUACACUUUGAGUAUUCUGAUCAAUUGUUUUUGCCGCUCACGUCAAGUGUUUUCAGGCUUAUCUGUUCUGGGGAAAGUAAUGAAACUGGGUUAUGAGCCUGAUGUAGUCAUUUACACCACCCUAGCUAAUGGAUUUUGUAUCCAAGGCAAGCUUUGUGAAGCAUUAAGCUUGGUAUACCAAAUGGUAAAAGAGGGAUACAAACCGGAUGUCAUAACAUUUACCACUUUGGUUAAAGGACUUUGUCUUGAGGGUAGAGCUUUUGAAGCAGUAAGUUUAGUUGAUCAGAUGUUAAAGAUGGAUUGUCAACCCGAUAUCGUUACAUAUGGCAUUGUUGUAAAUGGGAUUUGCAAGUCAGGGGAUUGCGUUUCGGCCUUGAAUCUGCUCAUGAAGAUGGAGGAAUCAGGCAUCGAGGCCGAUGUCAUAAUUUAUAGUAUGAUAAUUGAUUGUCUUUGCAAAGUUGGACACAUAGACAAUGCACUGAACCUUCUUGGAAAGAUGGACAACGACGGGAUGGUACCAGAUGUUGUAACCUACACCUCUUUGUUAAACGGCCUUUGCAGUUUCGGUAGAUGGAACGAUGUUGCCCGAUUGUUGAGGGAAAUGGUGAAAAGGAAAAUCACUCUUGAUGUGGUCACUUUCAGUGGAUUAAUUGAUGCACUCCUUAAAGAAGGGAAGUUCCAAGAGGCUAAAGAAUUGUACGAGGAUAUGAUUGAGAGAGGUUUAGUUCCAGAUACUAUUACUUAUACUUCAUUGAUCAAUGGGCUAUGCUUGCAGAAUCGCCUUGACGAGGCGAAACAAAUGUUCGAUUUUAUGAUCAGCAAAGGCUGGUUUCCUGAUGCAGUGACUUUUAGUUCUCUGAUAAAUGGUUACUGCAAGUCUAAUAGGGUCGAUGAUGGUAUGAAUCUCUUUUAUGAGAUGUCUCAAAGAGGAUUGGUUGCUAAUUCAAUUACUUACACCAUUCUUAUCCAAGGGCUUUAUCAAGUAGACAAUCUCGAUGCUGCCCAAAAGCUUUUUCUGGAGAUGCAGUAUAAAGGUCAUCAUCCUAAUGUUGUAACUUACACGAUAAUGCUUGAUGGUCUAUGUAAGAACGGAAAACUUGAUCAGGCACUUGAACUAUACAGUAAGCUAGAAAAGAGUAGGAUUGACCUCAAUAUAUUUGUCCAUACAGUUAUGAUACAUGGCUUGUGCAGGGCUGGGAAGGUUGAUGAGGCGCUGCAAUUAUUUAAUAGGCUUCUUGAGAAAGGGGUGAAACCUGAUGUUAAGACAUAUACUAUAAUGAUCUCCGGACUUUGCGGAAAAGGUUUACUCUAUGAAGUUGAAACGCUAAUUAGAAAGAUGGAAGAGGAUGGUUGUUGUCCGAAUGAUCAUACAUAUAAUGCAUUGAUUAGAGGUCGUCUAAAAAAUGGCUCUACAUCGAUAGUUGUCGAACUAAUAAGAGAAAUGCGAAGCAAUGGGUUUUCUGUAGAUGCAUCGACCAGAGGUAUGAUAAUAGAUAUGGUAUCUGACGGUAGAUUGGGAAAAAGGUUUAUGGAUCUUCUUUCUUAAUGGUUUAGUUAUCGCAGUGCUGAUAUUACUUUCUGUCGUGGCAAUUGAUUGAUCAAGAGGUGAUUUCUUCUGCCCGGGAUUUUAAAUGUGAUAUUGAUUUUGAUGAAUUUUUCAUUGCUCUUAAUUCAUGUUUCUUUGGCUCAAGAUAUCAGUUUUGUCCACAUCUCAGAACUCAAUGAACAAGGUACUGAAAUCUGCCGAAGAAAUGGCCAGGCAAUAUUUUCAAUGGGCACCCAAGAUCCAGACAGAAGAUGCUCAGUAGAUUGCAAGCUCAAGACUCCUGCAGUUGCGGAGACUAUGGAAGUUAUGGAUCUAAUGAAAGUCAGGAGGAUUCUUUGGGAACGAGUUCAGAGUCACAUCUCCACUCUGCUUCACCGAGGAAGACACAGGUGAAUGAGAAGAUUGAUGAGAUGCAUGCAGGGAAGUGUGUUGAAAGAGGAGAGUUAGCUUCAUAAAGGCACUGGUGAAAUCCGAAGAUGGCUCCAUUAAAACCGAAUCUUGAUGAAGGAUGAAGCUGAUAGUUAAGAUUCUACACGACAAUUUAUAUCAGUUGAACAAGUGCUUUCUGAUAUCUCCUCGUUUGCCUCUGUUAUUUACUAACAGCAGCUUACUAAUCAGACAGUGCAAGCACAAAUGUAUGAACUGAUCUACAUAGAUGGAAAGAAAGAGUCUUGUCAUCUGUCUGAAAGUUUUAAAUCGAACACAAGCCUCUUUUAUGGUAAGAUAAUCUGCUUUAUAGUUAUAUAUAUACAUACACUUUUAUUUUCAUGUCAUUAUCCCCUUCCAUCUUGAUAAAAGAAUCAAGAGUUAAUCAGAGAGCUGAAGCAAAAUCCUUUGAAAAUUUACCAUAAAGUUGAUGUCUUUCAAGAAUAUGAUCGAAUAAAAGAUGGGAAAUUUAAGGCCAAACGUAAUACAAACCGUUCGACAAUACAUAUACUACUGACAUCCCCUUUUGAGAAAAUUUUAAAAAAAAAAA